CAAAGAUUCAGUUGGAUUUACACUGAAAGUGAGAAUGGCAGGAGCUUUUUUUUCAUUGCUCCUUUUGUACUUUCACCUCAGCCCCGGAGCCCCAAGUCCAGUAUUUCUCUCUGAAAAAACAGCGGACAGCCUCCUCAGCAGACAUAAACGUCAUAAUACUGGGAUCUUUGAGGAGUUUCUGGAGGGAAACUUAGAAAGAGAAUGCUUAGAGGAAAAAUGUGACCUGGAGGAAGCUAGGGAGAUAUUUGAGAAUGAUAAAAAGACUAUGGAGUUUUGGUCAGGUUAUAUAGAUGGCAAUCAAUGCGACUCAAGCCCAUGUCUUAACCAGGGUUCAUGCAUAGACCACCUAGGUGACUAUACCUGUAACUGUAAGUCUGGAUUUGCUGGCAAGAACUGUGAGAUCGAAUUAGUAAAAAGAUGUGACGUAAACAAUGGAGACUGUAUGCAUUUCUGUGGCACAAUGGGAACCCUCGGAGCAAAAUGCUUCUGUGCAACAGGAUAUAAGUUGAUGGAGGAUGGAGUCAGCUGUGAGGCAACAGUUGACUACCCUUGUGGGAGAACUGCAUAUACUGUUGUGAGCCCAUUCAAGAGGUCUCUCUACAUCCCUCGUUCUUCAGACCACUCGAGCACCACACCUAUAAAUGAUAUUACGUCUACUACACCCUCCCCUACAACAGCCAGCAUCACAGAGCCAGUUUUGGUUACAGAUGAGUAUGGUGACAUUUUUCAGAAUCAGUCUCUCAGUGACCUCCUAUUGAGAGAAUCCAACCACUCUGAAAUCCUCUCUGACAAGUCACCAGAACCUUUCAAACGUAUAGUUGGAGGGCGGGUAGUCACUCCAGGAGAGAUUCCAUGGCAGGUUGGUUUGAUAGCAAAUCCCAGUGGUCUAUUGUUCUGUGGGGGUUCCAUCCUCUCAGAGCGAUGGAUUGUCACUGCUGCUCAUUGUCUGGUGGAGGCAAAAGGCUCCUUCUUCAUCAGAGUAGGGGAGCAUAACACUGAUAUCAAGGAAGGUGGAGAGCAGGAUUAUGAGGUGUUGAAAGAGCACAUGCAUCCACGCUACAAUGCAAGUUUAAACUUGUACAACCAUGACAUUGCUCUGUUGUUCCUGAAAGCCCCAAUUAACUUCUCAGCAACAGUCCGACCAAUCUGUAUUGGACCAAUGGCUUUCAUCGAAGCCUUGUUAAAGCAACCCUCCCCCGCUACAGUGAGUGGCUGGGGUCGCACACGCUUCCUUGGGUCCACUUCUAAUAUCCUGCAGAAGAUUGAAGUUCCCUUCACAGAUCAGACAGAGUGUAAAAGAAGCAGCAAUGAACGGAUCACUCCUUUAAUGUUUUGUGCUGGAUACUAUGAUGUGGCCAAAGAUGCCUGCCAGGGCGACAGCGGAGGUCCGCACACAAACAGCUUUCACGGCACUUGGUUCCUGACAGGGAUUGUAAGUUGGGGGGAGGGAUGUGCAGAAAAAGGGAAAUACGGUGUAUACACACGGGUGUCUGUUUAUUACAGUUGGAUGAAGCAUGUGAUGAGUGUAACCAAACGUAGGCUGGCUUUUGACGUGGAAUACCCAGACUCAUGAUUAUGUAUGUGUUCAAGCACGUAUGUUGAUGUAGACCACACAUUUGGCACCUCUGGUACAUACAAAUCACUUAGCAAUAAAUUAACCUUUAAGUGUUGCAAUAUUACAGUAGCUCAUGCAGAAAGAUUUAAAAAGAAUCCAGCACUUUCUAAUGUGGUUAAAAAAAAUGAAAGAAAAUAUUUAAACCAAAUUUCUGGUGUCUAUUUUGUUUUUUUCAAACUAGCUGUUAAUACUCUACAAAAAAUAUUUUAAACAUAUAGAAAAGUCUUAGUCUUAUCUCAAAAUGUGUCAUAUGAGCCUCCGGUUAAACACACAGAAAUUUGACUUUGGCAAUAGAAUCAGUUUGUUGAGUUUGAGUAAAUGCUGAGGAGGAAAUUGAGCUACGGGUGCUUUGUGUUUGACCAGAGCCACAUCUAAAAGUUACCGGAUGUUGAUCUUCAAGGACUGAAGUUAGACAUCCAAUCACUAAAUGUUAAGUAAUUUUCUCUUAACCUCUCCUCUUUUUAGAUCCAAGGUCCCCAAACUUUUCAGCUUCUGACCCAUAAAAUGGUGCUAGAGGUUAUUCAUGAUCCAAAAUACUUGUUCAGCAUACAAACAUUUCUACAAAAUUAAUUAACCACGGAUGUAAUAUUACAAACAUAAUCAACAACCAAAGUAGUUGGUUAUGUCCAUUUUUAGGGAUGAUUGUAUCUCUUUAAGAACUUAAGACUCCAUACAGAUUUAUCAAGAAUCCCAAAUGGCAUCAUGACCCCCACUUUGGGAAUCACUGCUUUAGAUAAUCCCACGUGGUUUUUACAGAAUGAGAUUCUCUGAGCAGAAGGUUGAUUAUGCGUCUGGUAAACUGAUUGAGUGCCGAUUAAAAAACAUGUGUUUUUGUGUAGGAUCAAAGACUCAAUAAUAAACCAUUAUACUUUUUUCUGGAACAAGUUACCAAUAUGUAUUCUCAUCACCUACUGCUCGUUAAAGCAGAUUGUGAAACGAUGCACUCUAAAAAGGGACACAAAGAGUUUGCAUAAGAAGGGACCCAUAGCAUGACAGAGUGAUU